AUGUCUUCGGGUUACUGCAAGAAAUUCGGUAAAGAUACCGUUAUAUUUGCCACCAAAGAAGAUCAUGCAACACCUUCCAACAUUGAACUACCACCUCCGGAACCAGCCCAGGGUAUUAUUACCAAAGAUGGUGAAAUCAAUUGGAGUUGUCCAUGUUUAGGCGGUAUGGCCACCGGACCAUGUGGUGUACAAUUCCGUGAAGCAUUCUCCUGUUUCCAUUACAGUGAAGCCGACCCCAAGGGUUCGGAUUGUUAUGAAGCUUUCCGUACAAUGCAAGAUUGUUUUACGGAAUAUCCGACAGUGUACAAUAAAUCGGGGGGUAGUGGUGACGAUGAUGAAGAUGGUCCCGGUCUGGAUUUGGCAUCAAUGGAAGAUAUCAAUGAAGAUGAGAAGGCAGCCGUUGAAGCAGCUAGUACAAAUAAAUCAGUGGAAAAAGUGAAUUGA